AUGGAAGCCGACUAUAUUAUUGCCGGAGGCGGCUUAACAGGCUGCGCGCUUGCCUCCCGCCUAAAACAGCGGAACCCAUCACUUGAUAUCCUGGUCAUCGAGGCCGGCGAGGAUGCUUCCAAUCAGCCCGAUACGCAGACUUUCCCGGGUCUUUUCUCUCUACUAGACUCCCCACUAGAUUGGACGUAUAAAACCGAAGCCCAGCCAAAUACUUGCGAUCGGACCCACGUGGUUCAUGCUGGGAAGGCAGUAGGCGGAGGAAGUACCAUCAAUUUUGGUGGCUGGAGCCGUGGCGAUGCUGCUGAUUACGAUGACUGGGCGAAGAUCGUUGGUGAUGAUCGAUGGAGUUAUAAUGGAUUACUUCCAUACUUUCGUCGGUCGGAAUCUUUCAAUUCUCAAGAUUCCCAUAAUCAUGGAUCUGAUGGUCCAGUAAAGAUCACGUCUGUUUCUGCAAGUGAUCCCAAUCGAAAGUAUCCAUUACGUGAACCAAUCAGACAGGCCUGGGAUGAGAUCGGUGUGCCUUUUAACUCCGAUGGUUGUUCGGGAAGCUCGUAUGGCGUUUGUGAAUUUUUGGAGACUUGGAAUCAGGGCAAGCGCCAGGCAUCACAGCAAGCGUAUAGCUUGGAUGGUGUCAAACUUAUCACAAAUAUGAUUGUUCAUCGGGUCAAAUUUGACGACACCAGCCCAGGAGAGCCAAGGAGAGCUUCAGCUGUUAUUCUUGCCAAUGGUGAGCGCAUCAAGGCUCGCAAGGAAGUCAUCCUGGCCGCAGGCAGUAUCAGAACGCCACAGAUUCUUAUGUUAUCCGGGAUCGGACCUGCCAAUGAGUUAUUCAAAUAUGAUAUUCCGCAGGUUAUUGAUAUGCCAGAGGUGGGAAAAAACUUAAAUGAUCAUUUCGCGGUCUAUCAGCUCUACAAGCUGCGCAAUCACGAGAGAGGCCUUGCACUUGGCAGCCCGGCUCUUUCGGAUCCUGCAUUUGUAAAGGGUCUUCCAACAGACUGGGCGACAAACCAAGACGUGCCAGCAGACAAGUUGGAGGCAGCAAUGCGCAAGGAUUAUAUACGAUUUGGUAAAAGCCAUCCGUCCCUGCUGAAGCCCGGACGCCCACUCGUUGAAUCCAUGAUUAUCUAUGCCCCAGCAGGUGUCCCCGAUGUUCCUAUGAACGGGAGCCUGGUCGUAAGCUCGGUAAUGCUGCUUGGUUCCACCUCUCGGGGAUCUGUAACAAUUGGAUCUGCAUCGCCGAAUGAUCCGCCUAAGAUUCUAUCGAAUUACUUUGACACCGAAGUCGACCGCGUAACAUUGAUUCAUGGUGCUCGUCGGACUAUGGAGGCGCUACUUGAUACGAAUGCGUUAGCGGAUUAUAUCGAGACUGAGGUGCCUCCACCUGGAAUGUCAGUACUUACCUCUGAGUCGUCAGAUGAGGAGUUUGAAGCGCGUAUUCGUGCAACUGGUAUGGCUCACCACCAUUCUGCGGGAACUGCUGCCAUGGGUAAGGUGGUAGACUCUGACCUACGCGUAUUUGGAGUCGGCAAUGUUCGGGUUGUGGAUGCAAGUAUCUUGCCUUUGAGUAUUGGGGGACAUCCGCAGGCUACAUUGUAUGCGAUUGCAGAGCAAGCAGCAGAUAUUAUUCUUGGAGCUGAAUCAAGUACUUAG